AUGGCCAAAAAGACAAAGCCGGGCGUCUCUCCCGCCAAAGACAAGCCCCACUUUUUCGACUCGGACGUCGUGGCCGAACCGGUCUUCGAAACGGGCCCCCAGAACAGACCCUACCUCGUAACCGCCGUUCCGCCAAAAGUCACUGCGGCCCGCAGAUUGGGCAAAGGCGAUUGGCCGUUGUUGUUUUUGUUGGCGCUCGGAUGUAUGUACUUGCGGAUGAGCGACUUGGCGCACCCCAACUCGGUCGUAUUUGACGAGGUCCACUUUGGAAAGUUCGCUAAGAAGUACGUGGUGGGCACCUUUUUCAUGGACGUGCAUCCGCCGCUCGCCAAGAUGCUCUUUGCGGCUGUGUCGAGCCUCGGCGGUUUCACGGGCAACUUCGAUUUCGAGAACAUUGGCGACGUGUAUCCCGCGGACGUGCCCUAUGUGUUGAUGCGGUUGUUCCCCGCGGUGUUGGGCUCCUUGACCGUGCUUUUGUGCUACUUGACGUUGCGUCUGUCGGGCAUCCGCCCCACCAUUGCGUUCCUCACCUCCGCGUGUCUUUUGGUGGAGAACUCGUUUGUAACUAUCAGUAGAUAUAUAUUGUUGGAUGCGCCCUUGAUCUUCUUCAUUGCCGCCGCCGUGUACGCGUUCAAGAAGUUCGAGGCCCAGCAGGAGUUCUCCGUAGACUGGUUCCGCUCGCUUCUCUCGUGUGCCAUCUCCUUGGGGUUGGCCUUGUCCUCGAAAUGGGUCGGUCUUUUCACCGUGGCCUGGGUCGGCGCGUUGUGUUUGCUCCACAUGUGGUUGCAGAUCGGUAACUUGAAGGCCAAGGCCAGCAACAUCGUCAAGAACGCUUUUUUCAGAGCCUCUUUCCUCUUGGUGGUCCCUGCUGUGUUGUACAUGGUCAUGUUCUACAUCCACUUCCUUCUCCUCUCUCAAGACACCCCAGACUCCAGUUUCUUCUCCAGCGCUUUCAAGGCUGGCUUGGAGGGCUCGCCUAUCCCUACUGACACCGAGGCUCCUAUCGGUUACGGCUCCAUCAUCUCUAUUCGUCACAUGCAAACUAGAGGCGGCUACUUGCACUCUCACGAGCACUUCUACCCUGAGGGCUCCAAGCAGCAACAAAUCACCUUGUACCCUCACUUGGACGCUAACAACGAUUGGAUUGUUGAGCCAUACAACUUCUCGAUCCCUGACCACUUCGUUCCAAUUACCCACGACACCAAGAUCAGAUUGAGACACGUAGGCACCGACAGAAGAUUGCACUCCCACGACGAGAAGGCUCCUGUCUCUGACCGUGACUGGCAAAAGGAAGUGACCUGUUACGGACACGAAGGUUUCGAGGGUGACGCCAACGACGAUUGGAUCGUCGAGGUUGUCAAACACAAAACCCCUAAACAUGCCCAAGAGGAGGUCAGAGCCAUCGAGACCGUUUUCAGAUUGAGACACGCCAUGAGCGGUCUCUACUUGUUCUCCAGUGAGGUCAAGUUGCCUGAGUGGGGUUUUGAACAACAAGAAGUCACUGCUGCCUCUCAAGGUACUAGAUCGUACACCCACUGGUACAUCGAGAGCAGCCGUAACUCCAUGUACAACGGUACUGAACGCGUCAGCUACCCUAAGCUCACCUUCUUCCAGAAAUUCUUGGAGUCUCACAAGGUCAUGUGGGAGGUCAACCAAGGCUUGACUUCUCACCACAACUGGCAAUCGCUGCCUUACGAAUGGCCUCUUUUGAUGCGCGGUAUUAACUACUGGCACAAACACCACACUCAGAUUUACUUCCUUGGUAACCCUGUGGUUUGGUGGACCGCCACUGCUGCUUUGUUGGGAUUCAUGGUUCACAUUGCCAUCAGCUUGCUCAAAUGGCAAUCCGGCCGCGAGAUCCGCACCACAAAAGGUGCUUUCAACUUCAACUACCAGAUGUUCUCCUACUUCCUCGGUUGGGCUGCCCACUACUUCCCAUUCUUCAUCAUGGGCCGUCAAUUGUUCUUGCACCACUACUUGCCAUCGCAGUAUUUCGCUAUCUUGGGUCUUGGCCACGUUUUCGAACUUUUGGUGGGCAGCUGUGCCAGAUUCAGAAGACAAGCGUUUGUUGCUGUUGCCGCCUUCACGGCGUUGUCGUGUUUUGCCUACAGCUACUAUGCCCCAUUGGUUGCUGGAACUCAAUGGACAAAGUCGCAAUGUCUUACUAGCAAGUUGGUCAACGGUUGGGACUACGACUGCAACAACUUCUUUGACAAGCUCCUGGAGUACGAGUUCUACGAGCCUUCGGACUUCAGCUCUGCUGAGGCUGCCUCCGCUGCAGACACCAGCGUCAUUGUUGAGGCUGCUUCUUCGGUACAACCGGUUGAUCUCAAACCACAAAAGGAUGCUCCACACAGCCAAGACGAGGUUUUGGAAAGCCCACCUCCAGCCGAGACUCACGCCGGCCAAUUUGACGUCGAUGAGAACGGAAAUGUAGUCGUUCCAGAGGUGAUUCCUCUGGGCGAGAUGUACGACGAGGCCACCGGCUCCUCUGAAGAACCUGCUGUUGACGGUGCUGACGCCGACGCUGCCGCCGCUUCUGCUGAGGUUCCACAGGGCCAAGAGGUUGUCGUUGAGGAUGUCUUGGUGGAUGACAUUGUUGUUGAGGAUUUCGUGGUGAAGGAUGCACCAGAGUCUUCUAUCGAUUUGAGAAUCGAACAAUCGUAA